AGCGCAUCGGCGUGCGUGUGUGUGUCUGUGAGUGUCGCGCGGGAGCCUCGAAACAGGAAAAACCGAGCCUUUUUCUCCGCAAUAUUCUUUCCCCUCCGCUCUUCUCGCGCGCGCACUUUCACGGAGUACGCUCGUCCGCCGUCGUAUCGAACACCGUCGGACGCCGUGCGCCGCCCAAGGGUGUGUGUGUAUGUGUGUGUGAUACCGCGGCCUCGCGUGAUUGCCGCCCAAGCCAUGCGUGCAUGCCGCCGCUCGGACGCUUCCGAUUAGGCGUCGAAUACCACCAGCACUGCCACGGAGCGCGCGAUCCGACCGCGCAAGGCGACCGUCGGCAAAACAACAGCGGCGCAGGGUCUCACCGCCUCCGGCGACGUCGACGGUGGCAGCGGAGACGGCGGCGACUUGGAAAAUCUAGACUCGCGGACGUCAGCAGCCUUGGCGGCGGCCUGGACGACGCCGCCGCUCCUCCUUCUCUGCACGUGCCACCUCGCCGUCAAAGCGCGAUGAAGGGCGCCGUCGUCAUAACGUUCAUCGUGCUGCUGCAGCUGUGUGGCCCACUGUGGCCGGGCGCGAGUGGUGUCGUGCGCAACAGGACCGAGGACCUGCCCAUCGUGUUUCCAGACGACGACAACGUGGCCAGCGCAGGCGACGACGCGACGCCGUUGACGACGAGGACGGCUCGCCGGCUGCCCGACCCUCCGUUCGCCCGCAGCAAAGGGAUUCCCGAUUCGAUCCUCUUCCGGAUGCGCGACGUGAAGAACCUGACCGACUUCGUGAGCCAGUUCCUCGAGGGCUACCGUACGUAUCAGGAAACGAUGCAGGACCCGCCGCCUCCAGUCGCCCCGCUGCAUAUCGCUUAUCUCUACGAGGGUCACGCCGACGCUACCGUGGACGGGUUUGAAGGUCCACCGUCAAUCCUGGGGAAAAAAGGACCCGUGGGAGUGCUGUCGCGGCCCUUGGCGGCGGCGGCUGUUGGCGCUGCUGGCGCAGGUUCGUCGUCCUCGGUGCCCAACCCGGAGCCUGGCACGUGCUUGCCGACCAAGCAGCUGGUCGAGUUCCCAAAACCCAGUGACCCGUCCAUCAUCCUGUGGCCACCGUGCACGAGGGUGCCGCGCUGCGGUGGCUGCUGCCCCAGCACCAUUCUCAAGUGCGCACCCACCAAGACCACCAACGUCACCUUCAAGGUGAUCAAGGCCCAGUACCCCGAACCCGGCGCGAGCAAGUUCAACUUCGUGGGCCACGAGAUAGUGACGCUGGAGAAGCACGACAAGUGCAGCUGCGAGUGCAAGGAGCAGCCGACCGACUGCAACGCGCUGCAGCAGUACAACGAGUGCCGCUGCGUGUGCCGCAACAACAACGAGAUGCUGUCCUGCAACGGGCCGGGCAUGGUGUGGGACCCGCGCGACUGCCGCUGCAAGUGCCGCGACUACGCCGAGUGCUCCACGGGGUUCUACUACAACACGCGCAGCUGCAGAUGCGAGCAGCUGGGACGAUCUCGCAUCGCGCCCCGGAUUCGGCAGCCGCUGCCCAGGCUGUACGCGCCGUACACGGACAACAGGGAGAACGUGCAGUCCAGAAGCUACCGCAACCUGGACCUCUUCAUCGGCGACGAUUACUCGAGGCCGUACACGGACGCCGAGCACGCGCCCACCGUGCGCCGAGACCUGUCCACAAAGACCACGGCGACCUCGCGCAGUUCCUCGUCGUCCGCGACAACCGUCCCACCCUCGGCGGUAACGCCUCGAUCGCUGCAGCGUUCGACGGCGACGCCCCGGUCGUCCACGCCGAGGCCACAUCGCGCCGUCGAGGAGCAGCGUGGCGCACGCACAGCGUAGGACCGAAAGUGUAAAUGCCUCGAACAGAAAACUGUGUGCUUUUUUGCCGAGCGUGCCUUCGAGUGAAAGUGUUGGCCGUGUGUGGGGCUUUCAAACGGGUCGCGGGGUAACAUGCGUCGCAACAAGCGUGGCCUGCGGGAGUAGGCGGAGGCUGCGCCACAACGAUGGCCCGAUCUCGGAGGCAGUGCCACGACUCUAUAGCUGGCCGAAAUGGACGGACGUACGUGCCGGGACUUGCUGCCUUGUUUGUUGGUCAUGUGCUUGAAUGUGUGCUCCCGAGAUUGUGUGAAAAAAGGACACUAUUUUUGAGAGGUCGCAUGGCUCAGGCAGCCGUCGAUGCAUCACUGCUCCGCAAGUGCACCGCGCCUCCUUGUGGGGCGAGAGUGCGUGUGCUGUUGAGUGAAUAAAGGACUCGCACCUUUGA